GAAACAGAUGGAGAGGAAGAAGUUGAAGUUUGUUGUGAUUCCGGAUAAAAAAAAACAAAAACCCGCACUGGUGACCAGUAUAACCAGUAAGCGUUGUCAGGCGCUGUGAAGCGGCAGUAUGUCAGUCCACUUUGAGGAGAGGAGCGGGGUUGUACCGUGUAAGACACCGUGGGGGUCCUGGUACCAGACCAUGGAGGAGGUCUUCAUCGAAGUCCAUGUGCCUGCAGGGACUUCUGCUAAAGAGGUGAAGUGCCGCUUAGGAAGCAGAGACAUCGAGCUGCAGGUCAGAGGGAAGGAAAUAUUCCAGGGAAGGUUGUUUGACAUGACCGUGUCUGACGAGGCCACCUGGACGCUGGAGGACAAAUGUCUAAUUCGGAUUGUCCUGAUGAAGACGAACAGAGAAGCAGGUAACUGCUGGACCUCGCUGCUGGAGGGCGAGUACUGUGCAAAUGCCUGGGUCCAGGACCAGAUGCAGAGGAAACUCACGCUGGAGCGGUUCCAGAGGGAGAAUCCUGGAUUUGACUUCAGCGGGGCAGAGAUUUCUGGAAACUUUGCUGGCGGAGGUCCAGAUUUUUCCAGCUUACAACAAUGACAGUCUCCUCUCUCCUGACUUCCAGCAGUACAGCAGUGGAUGUACUUUUUUUUUUUUCCUUUGAGAAUAGGAAAUUGGUUCCAGCCAGACAGAUUGACCAUAAUGUGGAAAAGUUUAGUCUCUUCACAGCAGCGUCUCCUUCUGGAUUGCCUCAGUCACAGGGAACUUUUUGUAGACCUUGUUUGACAAGUUGUGCUGCUCAUUAUGCAAGAUGAAGAAUCAAGGCUACUUGUAAAAACUGUGUUGUUGCCUUUUAAUAAGGAGAAUGCACUCAAGUGUAGCUUUUCAAUAAAUGUUUAUUGAAAGGUGCACAAACAUAAGAUCAGAUUGUGUGUCUCUGACCGUUUUGAACUCCAGAACACAUUUUAUUUCUCCUCACUAAUAAAAUGUACUACACUGGGAAAUUGGUAAAGAAAAUGCAAAACGAGUUCCGACCUACAUUUCCACGGCAGCGCCCACUUUUCUUCAACUAAUACCAAUCGAGUGUUACUGUGGAGGCUUUGUGUGUCCACAUAACUGACAGGAUUGCCGCCAGCUUCACUUUGCUGGUUAAAAACCAGACUUCCCGUGCCAAAAAAAA